AUGAAGCUAUUUGAGAGUGAUGGAUGCAAGGAUAAGAGAAGUAAUGGAUGUAUUAGCCAACGGAGUAAAGGAGGUGUACCAUGGAGUAUGCUUUUUGCGGAUAAUGUUGUUUUGGUGGGUACGUCAAAGCUGGCAGUAGAGAAGUUAAAACGAUGGAGAAGGGCUUUAGAAGGUAGAGGUUUAGAGAUCAGCAGAACCAAAAGCGAGUAUCUACCGUUUGAUUGUCAAGAUCACAUUGAAAGCAUCAAGCUAGGUGAAGAGGAAGUAAAAUGUGUUAGAUCGUUUAAAAACUUAGGUUCGCACAUAUCAAGUAAUGGCGAAAUGGGUGUAGAGUUAAACCACAGAAUCCAAUCAGCAUGGGCAAACUUGAGAACAUCGGGUGUAUUGUGUGGUAAAAUAGUUAACUUGAAACCGAGAGGAAGGGUAUAUGAAAGCUAUGCCAGGCCUGCAAUGAUGUACGGGGCAGAGAUUUGGCCAAUUAAAAAGGGCGAGGAAAGAAAAUUAGAAGAAGCAGAAAUGUAG